GAAAUGGUUUAUAUAAUUUCAAUGGAUUAAUAUUAUUAGUUUAUAUAAUAUGUAUUAUUUUUCAUGGCGGUAACUUCCGGGCCGAGAAGAACAGCAUAGCUCCGCCCCCUUCGGUCCUUCCAUCAGGAUCAGCCACCCUGAAGUUUCUGCUGGAUGAUGUUGGUGAUUCCAGCGCGUUGAUUUGCUCGUCCAUCGCGGUCGUGCUGGCGAGAGCCCGGGGAUGUGAGGCUGUCUGAAUCCCGCAUCAGGCUCCUUCAGCAGGGAGAGGAGAAGCGCCUGAGCGGCGGCGGCUCGUCCGGAUCUCGGUGAAGGCAGUGUGAUUUCGGCAGGAUGCUCCGGCUGUUCGCGGCUUUGGUGAUUGUUGGGCUGCUGCUCGCCUGCUUCACUUCCUGGCUGUUUGACAGCUAUGACAGCGCCUGGCACCCAAAGCGCAGUGUACACCCGUCCAGAGAAACUGGCCCUCCGUACCCCGGCGGCCAGCUGGACAAUAUAUUUUGGUUUGUGCAGGUUUCUGACAUCCAUAUCAGUCGUUUCCACGAUCCCAAGCGCAUUCCAGACUUUGAAAGGUUCUGUAGAGACACCAUUGAUGUGAUCAAACCUGAUCUUGUGCUGGCCACAGGGGACUUAACAGAUGCGAAGACUGAGAGUAAAGUGGGCUCUCUUCAACAUGAAGUGGAGUGGCAGGCCUACCACAACGUCCUUAAAAGAUCACGAGUGCAGGAACGAACAAAAUGGAUUGACAUUCGGGGAAACCAUGAUGCCUUUAAUAUUAUUUCACUGGAGAGCGUGAACAAUUAUUACAGGAAAUACUCUGCCAAUCAGAAAGUUGGAUCCUUCCACUACAUACACCAAACUCCUUUUGGGAACUACUCGUUCAUUUGUGUCGAUGCCACUCUGACCCCUGGACCCAAACGGCCCUAUAACUUCUUCGGGAUUAUCAAUCAGACUCAGAUGGACGUGUUGGCCACCUUUAGAGAGGAGAGUCUGAGCAGUAACAAGUCCAUCUGGUUUGGACAUUAUACCACAUCUACAGUCAUCUCCCCCUUCCCGGGAAUCCGAGAGCUCAUGAGUACAGCCGUGGCGUAUUUGUGUGGGCACCUACAUACACUAGGAGGCUUCAUGCCGGUACUGCACAGUCGACAUCACAGAGGCACACUGGAGUUAGAGCUGGGAGACUGGAUGGCAAACCGCAGGUAUAGGAUAUUGGCUUUCGACCAUGACCUGCUCAGUUUCACUGACGUGACGUUUGAGGACUGGCCAGCUGUGCUGAUCACCAAUCCCAAAGACGUCCAGUACCUGCACCCAGGAGUGGAGCCUCUGGGUCGCAUCGGCAGUUCCACGCACAUCAGGCUCCUGGCUUUCUCCGAGUCUCCAGUCGCAGCUGUGCAUGUGAGUGUGGAUGGAGUUUCACUGGGGAAAGCAUUUGGCGCAGGGGGUCCUUUAUACAUCAUGCAGUGGGAUCCAACGCUAUAUGCUACUGGACUGCACACUAUCAGAGUUAAAGUGGAGGACUCGGCAGGUCGCUCAAAGGUUCGGGAGCAACAGUUCACACUGGAGGAAGACCUCACUCCCAGCUUCGGCUUCAUGCAGUCCUUCAUCCUCCUCACAGACCAUUACAUCCUGGCACGGAUUGCCUUCGUGGUGAUAGUAUUACUAAACCUGGCUGGGCUUGUGCUCUUCAGAUUUAUGCCUGUGUCUUCUACAAGAGGACUGUCUUCUCAAGUGUGGAUGUCCCUGCAUCUUGUCAGUAAGAGCAACCUGUUCUUCUACUCUCUGCUGCUGUUCAACCUGUGUACAGCAUUGGGUCCAUGGUUCAUUGGGGAAAUCAUUGAUGGACACAUUGGAGCCUGCUUUGCUUUUGGCGUGUUUGUGGACGGGCAUUUCUUCGAAGGAAGUCUGACCUAUGUCGUGGGAGUUGUACAGGUGCUCUUCUUCAAUAUGCCUCUCACUUUUUACCUCUGCUGGAGUCUUCAGCACAGAUGUCGCGGCACCAGCUUCCGCUCACAUUUCUGUCGGCCGGGCAGCCGCUGGAGGACUCUGGUGAUGCACAUAGGCAUGCUGGUCCUCAUGGUCUGGCAGGCCUAUUCUUGCCACUUCCUGCUGGAGACCUAUGGGGCACUGGCUUUCUUCCUGUCUCCCGUACGUACCUGGGCUCUGCUCAUGGGCCUGCUGUUGGUGUACAGGGCAUGGUGGGGAACGCCUCCUAGUUUCUCCGUUGGCAGCAAGACCAACCGGCCAUUGUGACAGUGACAGGCCUGCACCUGUAUCCUUGUGACGGACAUUAUUUUGUGCCAAGCUCUUCCCUCCUUUCACCACUGUCUUCAUGGUCAUCAAAUUGCCAACUGUCCCAAGAUGCGUUAGCAUAGAAAAAAAUAGUAUUUCGUUAAUAUGAAGCGAUGAUGGCAUCACAUGUGGAUGACGGAGCCUUUGCAAACCUGCUUCUGAUCCUCCUUUGACACUAAGACACGUUGGUAGUUUUAUAGUCCGAUCUCACUGUUGUGAACCCAAACAGUGUUGAAGUCCAGAUGUGUGUACUAGUUACAGUAAGCGUACCUAUUACUGUGAUAAACUGCAUUACGUACUCGUCAAAUUAUGUUUGUUUGUAUUUGUGAUGAGCAAUCAAGAAAGGAAUAAGACUAUGUAAUUUUGAUAUACGUAAUCGAUGUUUCUGCAUAAAACUGCCACCACUCGGAGAGGACAGUCAGUAUGGGUUCGCUCGUAUUGUUUUAAUGCAUAUAAACUACGCAUGUAAAGAGAGGAUGAGAUCACUAAAUUUGCUUACACUUGUAGAUGAGGUAUGAAAUGUAAAGGAUAAUUUAAGGAAUGAAGCUGGUCAUUAUUGUCUUAUUAUACAAUGAAAAUAGUUCAAAAAGAAGCCAAAGCAUCAAGCUUUGUAUGCCACCAAGCAACACACAGAUUUGAAAUGUGUAUGUGAACACUGCUCAGUCAAUCAGAUACGAACAGGGGUGUCCGAUCUUGCUCUUGAAGAGCCAAUAUCAUGCAGCGUUUCGCUCUAAAACACUUGCCCAGAAGUUUCUAGUGAGUCUGAACACCUUGAUUACUUUGGCUCAGGUGUUUUUAAUUAGAUUUGGACCUAAACUCUGCGGUACAGUGCUGAUUUUGACACCCCUGGCUUAGACGAUCAGAACUAUAAUGACCAGAUGACUUAUUCCACUUGUUAACAUAGUGAACUUGAGUUAUUUAUUUAUUUAUUUUAUUGCUGCACCUUGAUAAAAGGAUGAAAUUGCCUCGGACAAUGUUGAAUUGUUUAGUUUAGCAGUCAACAAAAAUUAAAGGGAUAGUUCACCCAAAAUAGAAAAUGCUGUCAUCAGUUACUCACCUUUGUGUACUUCCAAACCUAGAGGAGUUUCGGCCAUCUUUUUUUGUUUCUUUCUUUUUUUGGAAUGAACUUUCAAUGAAGGGACAGAAAUAUUUACCAUAUUUUCCGGACUAUAAGUCGCACUUUUUUUCAUAGUUUGGCUGGUCCUGCGACUUAUAGUUAGGUGCGACUUAUUUAUCAAAAUUAAUUUGACAUGAACCGAGAGAAAUGAACCAAGAGAAAGCAUUACCGUCUACAGCCGCGAGAGGGCGCUCUGUGCUGCUCAGUGCUCCUGUAGUCUACACUGAAAACAUAGAGCGCCCUCUUGCGGCUGGAGACGGUAAUGUUUUCUCUUGGUUUCUGGUUCUAAAUAAAUGCGACUUAUAGUCCAGUGUGACUUAUAUAUGUUUUUUCCCCUGUCAUGACGUAGUUUUGGACUGAUGGGACUUAUACUUAGGAGUGACUUAUAGUCCGAAAAAUACGGUAUUUGUGUUUCAAAGAUGAAUAAAUGUCUGAUGGGUUUGGAACGACAUGAGGGUGAGCAACUAAUGACAGUACUUAAACUAAAGUAAACUAACCCUUUAAAGUGUUUCAAAGAGCUGUGUAAUGUGUUCACACCAAGAACGAUAACUAUAAAGAUAACGUUAAAGGAAUAGUUCUUGAAAUCGUUCUCAAUAUUAAAGAGGAGCAGAGUCCACAGCUAUAACGAUAAAGGCACAACGAAACAAUAUCAUUGGAAUCACUUUCCAGCUGACAAAUUAUAAAAAUAUUGACAGCCAAUCAGAAUGUGCCCUGCUAUCAUGAGCUCGAGAAUUUAAAGCGGCAGACGCGCGUGCGCUCAGAGUAAACAGAUGAUAUCGUCCGCUGGUGUGGACGCUAAUAUCGUUAUCUUUAUCAUUCAUGGUGUGAACGGGCCUUUGAACAACAGUUAAUUCUGCAAACUGAUUAUACUUAUUCAAAUACAUAUUCCAAAUGACUCUAAUCUCAAUGGAUGAACCACUAUUUAUACUGUAUAUAGAAGAGCAUGGAUGUAGAACAUUUUUGUUGUUUUGGUUAAUAGUUAAUACACUUAAUAUAAUGGCCACUUAAACUAAAGCCAGACAUUUUUAGACUGCUAAAGGGAAAAUCCCAAUGUGACGUAUAGAAUAGAACACUGAACACAUGGAAUCAAUCAAAUGUGCAAAAUUCUGUUAACACUGUUUAUUAGAGAAACGCUGUGAAGCAGCUCUUUUUAUACUUUUGCACAGUUACAGAUCCCACAAACAAGCUAAGGACAAUGGCCUUUUUGUGGGAAAAUCAGCUAGUUUGAAAAAAGAAACAGUUGUCAUCGAGGUCUGUCUUUUUAGCCCUCAUAACCCACUUGACAGGCGACCGAGAGAGCAGUGACUAGAGUUUCUGGUGGAUUCACUGACAUUCCUGUCGUCUCUCAGGAAAGUAAAGACUUGAACAAUAGGCUGCUCUAGUUUGCCUUUCAAUUACCUGAAUGCUAUUUUGAAAGCGUUUUUUUUUUUUUGCAGUUUUAAGGCACAUGAUAGUGAGAACGAACAUUUUUAGAAGACUCGAAGUUUGUUCAUCUAGAUUUGUGGUAAACCAAUAGGACUUUGAAUGUUGGAUGAUGAAAUAUCUGCUUACAUGUGAUUUGGUUUUUAUUACUGUAAUUAAUUUUUGAACUAUUUUAUUGUAUCCAUCCACACUGAUAUUGCAAUGUAUAUUCCUUCCAGUUGUUCUGCACUGUUUUCUGGGCAUUCUCCGUUUCUGUGGUCACGUGGCUUUUGUAGUUCCACUCAUGUCGGAAAGUGCUGUUCACAUUUGUUUUGUGGAAGGCACAAAAUCAGUGAAACAUUAAUAGCUAUUUACUUGGAAUUUGACAAUGUUGUUUGUGUUUUUCCACUUGAAGCAACUUCAAUUUAUAUUUGUCAUGUUUCUGCAACUCUGAAUCAUCUUGCAUUGGAAUUGAAUUAUCUGGCUGUAUUCAUGUACAACAAAGUAAAGGGGUUUCAUAUUGUGAUGUA